UCUCGCCAAGUGCUUAACUCUUUUUUAUGGUAGGGUCACGAUUCCAAGCUUUGUCAUGUUUUUGCUAGGAAGUCACAGAUAUAUAUAUGGUCUUAUGCUGGAACAGUUGCUACCUUUGCCGGAAACACUCUACUCUGGUAGACAAAUGAUAAAAAAAUAUUAGGAAAGCUGAGUGCAUUUGUGAAGUUACGAAUAUUCCUUAAAGGUAGAAUUAACACAUUUCCUCUUACAAAUUACCCCAAAAAUUGUGUAUGCAUAGUCCCUUAAAUUUAGCAUUUUAAUUUUUUUUAAUAGUGUCUCCUAAAAUUUAGUGUUUAUUUUAGUAUAUAUUACUUCUCUUUAUACUCUUAUUAGUAAUGUUUACCUUACCUCCCUAAAGAAAUUUCUGGCUCCGCUUGCUGGAAAGAAAGAAAAGAAAAUUACAUCUCGCACUUUCUUAAGAGUUCCUACAGUAAAAAUGCAUCUUAUACUGAAGUAGCUAAAGUUUCUUUUUCUAUGAACUGCCAACCCAACCUGGGCCCAAUACAGCUUCUUUAAAGUUACUUGCUAGAAUGGCUAUACUUGGGGUCUAAUAUGGUUCUAAUCUAAACCAAUGCUUUUAAUUGAUCAACAAUGACAUGAUAUAUAAAACCAGGUUUUGCUGCUUUGGACUAUGACUUGCAUUUUCAUGGGAAAUUCACUUUAUGCCCAGUGCAUGAGCAAAACAUAUUCAUAUGUCCUGAGAAUUUUUGCCCACCAGUUAAUGUCAGAAUAAACUCAAAAGAUAAUCAGGUAGGGUGGAUGAAACUUCAACUUAGCUGACAGUAGCUCUGAUCAUUUGAGUCACAAGAAUAACAACUUUUGUUUCCCAUUCUAUAAAACAUUACGACACAUUGCUUUCAUCCAUUCUGCAUUAAAUUAAGCUAUAAAUAACAGAUUAGCCUGAAACAGCAGCCGUUAUAGCAUGUUCUUGUUCUUGCUAUUGUUUAGCUUGGUCCAUUUGAAUAAGCACACUUUCUCUCACUGUAUCAAAAGAUUCUAAAAGGCACAAAGUUUGAGCCCCACUAACACCCCCUUCUGCAACACAAUAACCACAAGAUCACAGGCCAACCUCUUCCAGCCACUCCAACUCAAAUUCCAGCAGUAACAGCAUUUUUCUGAAUCCUCUCUGCGCUCGUUCUUUACUACCAGUAACCGUUCUACACCCUCUACUGCUUCACUGCCAACUGAUGUGAUAACCCUUAUAGAACACAAUUCCGAUAUGGAAGGUAUCUCAUAAAACAAGUAUGUUGAAGGGGAAUCCCCAAGGAGAUAGUUGCGAUUCGUGUCAUACAGCACCCUGCACACUCUACUGCCAUACUGACUCAGCCUACCUCUGUCAAAAUUGUGAUGAAUUUAUUCAUGCAACAAAUCCCUUGGCUUUGCAGCAUGACCGUGUCUGGAUUUGCAUUGCUUGUGAAAAUGCUCCAGCAACUUUUACUUGUCAGGCUGAUGCUGCAAACCUAUGCAUCAACUGUGACACCGAAAUUCACUUGGCCAAUCCAUUGCCGUGCCGCCAUAACAGAGUCCCAAUAUCUCCUCCCCCUGGUAUAGUGCCCACUUCCUCAACUACUUACCUGGACAAGUCGCAGGUCCCCCUGCGAGACACAGAAAAUGAAGCCAUGGCCAACAAGAGUAUAGAGGAAUUAGAACAAGAUGAAGCAGAUUCUUGGUUGCUGCUUGAUCUUGAUAAUAAUGACGACCAGAGUGAUAGUGGAUUUCCUUACAGUGAGGAUGUUGAUGAGUAUUUGGAUCUCAUUGAACUCAAUUCGAUUAUUUAGUAUCAAAGCCAAGAUCAAAAUGAUCAGCAGCAACUUUCUUAGCGUUCAUCAGGGAGAUAAUGGCAGUGAUAGUGUUGUCCCAGUUCAAUCCCUUGAAUCAAAGGAUCAACGAGACCACCACCACCAGCAGCAGAAUCUAUUCGUUGACAGUGGAUAUGAAGCUUCAGAAGCUGCUUUCACCAACAGUACUUCAAGCGGUCACAAAGUCCCUGCGUCUUACAUGAGUUCUGGCCAUUUACUGAGAACAAACAACAUUCCAAAUUCAUAUUCAAGAUUUCCAAAUGUGGCAACUGACCUCCUGUCAAGCUCUUCGCUAUUGAUGCCACUCCAAUUCUCCCCAACAAACAGAGAAGCCAGGGUCCUAAGAUAAGAGAAAAGAAAAUCGAGAAAAUUUGAGAAGAAAAUAAGGUAUGCCACUAGGAAGGCCAAUGCAGAAAGUAGAACCCGAGCCAAGGGUCGAUUUGCAAGGAAAACAGACAUGUAGUUUUAAGUGGAUCAGAUGUUUUCUAGAGAAGAUUAUGGCUAUGGAAUUGUUCCAUCAUAUACCAAGUAAAAUAAGAGAAGGAAAUUUGUCUCUUGUGAGUGAUGGAAAUUGAGUUUGUGAUCUUAUUGCUGCUCUAACUAAUAUAAUUUUGUCAAGUUAAAAAUUUAGUUAACUGAAAAUAAAACUAAUUGUUCUCUUAACUUUCCUGUCCUUGCAUAAUCUUAAAGAUGGACUCUUUUCAAUCCAGUUGCAGUUCUGAUACAACGUAUUUGGUCUAUCAUGUCCAUAAAGUUUUCUUUUUAUGCAAUAAAAUUUAUUAAUACAAUGUACCCAAGAAAGGGGGGAAAGGGAGUGAGAAAAGGACUAGAUGCACUACUGAAGGGUUAGUCUAGAAUAACAAAUAAAUUACCACAGCACAGCACUGAUAUUUGAGAAAAGCUGGUUGUACUUUUGUACCUUUAUCUGAUGAC